AUGGUUGUUGGGUUAAGAGUGUGUGUUAUGUUUUCUCCCCCGUUGCAACGCACGGGCUCUUUUGCUAUAUAUAUAAAAUGUUUCAUUUUUGCAGGAAACACCGUGUCGUUUGAUGUAUUCAACCCGCGGUCCGAGCAGAUUUGUGAAGAGAAAAAAGACCACAAAAGGAGCACGGGCUCGCCUACUCUCCCUCUCGCCCAUGGAGUCAUCGUCGCCGCCACCACCCACGCCGGCCGCUUACGGAGACCUCCGGCGACGCGCAACACGUCCCCGAGCUCCCCAUGGUCCGGGCCUCCCUCCCCUCUGGCCGGAUUCUCCGCCCCCGUCCUCUACCACCCGGUUGCAACCCCACUCCUGUGGCUAGAGUUUCAGCCAGGGCUUCGCCGGCGAGUCUCCGGCGGCCCCAGUUAUUCGGAUCAUCGUCAUGUCGCAAGUUUCCGACAUCGCUUUACACACCGUGGACUUCACCGGAAAUCCGUUUGCACGUACUCCACUGUCCGCCGGAACUUCGUCUACCUGAGGACUGAGGAAAGCAAGACAGGGCCGCCUUUAUAUCUUGGGUCACCCUGUAGAAGGGAGCAAGAGUGGGCACAUCCGAGUUUAGCACAUGAGAGUUUAGAUAUUCAAUCAGUGUUUUGCAAUCCAUCUCAAGCACCAUGGCUUCACCUUCCUCCACACUGUCGGAAACAGGUCGUGCCAUGUUCUGGUGGAGUCCACUGUAUGGGUGGCAGUGAAACAUGUAUUUGCGUGGUAAACGACGGGGUCUAUAAUAUCCGUGCUCAACCGGUUCCCGUCAAGCGCUUUCGGCCAUGACCUCAAGUUCUGCAGCUAGGCCAUGAAGUGUUGGUCCUUCUCACCGUCCACCGAUGAUGGUGCCCGAGAGAAGUCGGGGAAUGAGAAAAGGAUGUUGCUGUCAUGGUCGUCGAAACGACUUGCCGUGGACGCAGUCACGCACUGGAUGCCAUCGACGACUAGCCGUGGACAAGCACCUCGCCGCCUCCGCAAAAUAUGGAUGCACGGGAUUCUGGUACUAACAUUGUGGAGUGUGUGCUAUUUCGGUGUUGUGACUUAUACACUCUGUGGAAGAAACCCCCGGCUUGAUUUACAGGUGAUGCUGAUUUGUCUGGGAUCUACUUCCGAUAGAUCAAUUUGGUUUGUUGGCUGCUGAGUGGCUUCAUGUGAUGCUAUAGUGAGCAUCACAUGAAGCCAUCCAGCAGCCAACAAAGCCCAGAGCUACACGUAUGUACUAUAACAUGGCCCCAGAGCUACACGUAUGUACCGUAAUGUUACAUCUUUCGAUUUUGACGUUAAUAUUGACUCCUUGA